AAUAGUAAUUGGCAAAUUUUUGUUAUUUUUUUUAAACAUAUUCACACAUUAAAAGGAUUCAUUCAAAUGUAAAGGUAAAAUUCUCAAGUAUUAGAGCGCUAAAAUUUAAAUGACAAAAGUAGUAUUCAAAUUUUAACGCCUUAGCGAUUUGAAUAUAGAAAAUACUCUGUACUUAAAUUGAUCCUCGGAACCAUUGCGGUUCUAGUUCAGUUCUGGUUCCACUUUUGAAGUACAGUUGUGAAAAAAUGUUGUGCAGGCCACUGUAUUCAAAAUUGAAAGUUUUUAUUAAAAUAAAAUUCGAUGCUUAGCAAGUUGCAAUAGAAUUAGUAUUUGGCCAUUAAGUGCAAAAUUUACGUAUGAGCAGGGUGUCCAAAAUGGCGUGGAGCAACGUGCGCAUAUUUCUAAAACUCACCUCGCAACGUUGUCAGCUCCUUAGCUUAGGAUCCAAAAGCGAGGUACCCGUAAGGCAGAGUCCAGGCAUAUUCGAAUCGGAUGUCCUUGGGAGUACAUCGAAUGCCAGGUACAUGGAGUGUCUGUUUACUAAAUGGAUAAAGGACAAUAACUCGAUACAUGGAACCUGGCAACGAUUCUUCAAGGAUUUGGUAGAGGACCAAGAAGAGACGACUACUCCCGCUCCAUCCCAAACGCAUCCCAUUCGCAUCGCUACCAAUCCCAGUGCUAAUCUUGGCAUGAAUGAAAAACUUGGAGGAAGUAUUUCUAUUUCCUUGCCUCCCGAAAAUGUGGAAGAGACCAAGCAAAGAACCCGAGAAGUCAAACCUCCGAAGGAUGGAAUAGAAAUUAGCGCAUCAAGUUCAGAUAAGAUAGGAUCAUGUUCACCAAAGGCGAGCCAUUCAAUCGACGUAUCGAAAGGAUCUCCAGUGCCUGUAACGAGGACGGCAAUGUCUGCUCCGGUACUGGAGGACCAGUCGAGCACUUUCGAGUCGGCAAGGGAACGGUUGGACUCGAAUACUUGCGUGGUUUGCCCGCAAAAGGUGGACAUGGAGGUGCUUUCACUUUCAACAGAAAUCAGGACGUCAGGACUGUCAGAAACCCAGGAUGUACCCACAUCAUUCAAAAAUUCUAUCCAAAACCACGAAGGCAGUUCAACUAAUGGAUUGAAAUUGGCCAGCAAAAUGCCAGGUUCCGUUUUAGCAGCCAAAGAAAUAGUAAACCGAUUUUCCAAAAAAAUGACUAGAAAAAUGUCACAGAAGAAUCCACCAAAAGAUCCCAACCAAUCAUGCAGGGCUAACUUAGGUAGCAUGUCAAAUGGGGUGGAAACCUUGACGGGUCCUAGAAGAACCGGAAAUGUUCGUAACAAUUUCAAUAAGAAAUACGGAUCCCUCGAUACUUUCAUGAAACAUUGGAGAAAAGCUUAUAGAAAGGAGAAUUUUAAACGGGUUUCUAGGCCAGAAAUGGUAGUGAAAAGGUGUUUAAAAGGCAAUAAUAAGCAAAAGAACACUAUGUACUUCAAAAGUUAUUAUGAAAAGAAUCAUAGCAAACGAAUGGGCAAUGUGGCCAACACCGCAAAUAAUCCAUUAAAUAAUGUGCCUUUAAAACCGAAAGAUGAAAACCAAAAGAAGCAAUCAGAACCAAGCCACUGCAACAAAUCCCAUACUAAUGAUGGCAAGUCGAAGGAUUGCCAAAUGCAACCUAUUAUUUCCCAAAAAGAUGAUAAAGAUAUCCCUGAGAAGAAACUCCAGGCUGAGGAUAUCCCGUCAAUGCCUACUGAAUCACCAAAUAAACCAAAAUCAGAGGAAAAAAUACCUCUUAGCAAUAAAAAAAAUAAAAGUGAUACAUAUGACAGCCUUGAAGACCUAAUCAACGAUAUCGAUGACACAUCUUUGGAUGUAGACAUGGCUGAUCCGAUUGAGCCUGAGAUGGCCCAAGAAGAGCGUAAAACAUCAAACUUAGAAAAAACUUCGAAAAAGAACGCUGCAGCUUACAAAACGACGGUUAGAGUUUUUAAGCCUAAGCAAAAGGGUAAUACUAAAACUGAUGAUAAACCAAGCUUGGAACCUAACCCCAAAUCAGGUCUAAUGUCGUUCAGUCACGAUUCAGGAAAACCAAAACCUGAAGCAUUCAGAUCUCUAAGGAUUUUCAAUGCCGAACAGAAGGAUCCAAUAGAAGGGGAUAAAUCGUGGAUACACUCGGAUGAGAUCACAUUGAAAAGUCUAAAAAAACCAGCUCCAGAUACAAAGGAUCUCAAAGAUAACUCCAUCAAUAAGCCUUUGGAACAUAAGAAGAACGACAAGGAUCCAUUGCAUCCUUCUCAGUGA